AUGUCAAAUAUCAAGAAACUUGCAAAUUUCAGUCGUGUCUCAGACAUUGCCACCGACGUGAAUGAUUUCUUUACCUUUUCAAGUGCCAGUGGAGGUUCAAGCAAUAGUAAUCGACACGACCGUGGUGACGGAAAUUCAAGUCAAUUUUCAUCCCGAUAUUCACACGACACGUAUGAUUGUCGAGUGUUAUUGCGAAUAUUGAGUUUUCAAUUUUUACCCAUUGAAAUUGCUUCCGAUUCUGCCACCAUUACAAAUCCUUUUUGUUCGAAUUGGCGAGUUCGUGUGGAAUUAUUGAGUCAUCAACAACAAGAAGAAGGAAAUCAACAACAGCCAACCAAUCAUUCAUCGAAUCAAGAUGAUGUUUUUGAUAGUUAUGUGUUUGAUAUCAAUGGAUCUUUGGUUCAAUCUCAUUCAUCGAUCGAUUCUGUGUUUAGUGAAAGAAAUGGAGUGAGACCUUGUAAAGUAGUACUUUCACAGUUGAAUUCAAAUUCUACGAGUAAUUCAUCCAUUGUGUUGGCAUCAACGAAUAAUUCGUUGGAGAGUUCUCAACAAUCGACCACAACAACAACAACGAAUUUACUUCAAAAUAAUUCUUCUCCAACAAAUUCUAAUAUGGUCAUUUGUAGUAAUUUAUUUGACAUGAUUUUUGAAGAGAAGUCUACAAUUCUCUCAUCAAGUAUGAAUAUGAAAUCAGUUUCUCCAAGAAGUGAAUUACUUUGUGCAUUGUGUUAUACAUUUCCGUUUCCACAUUUUCUUAUUGAGCAAUUAUAUUUCAAAAUUUCAAUCUAUACAGUUGAAAAACCAAAUAGGAAGCAACAGCAAGAAUUUGGAAAUCAAUUAAUAGAAACUCUCGUUGCCUAUUGCAAAACAGAUGUCAUCUCAACCAUGUAUCAACCUCUCAACACAGCUUUUAUUAAUAAGAAAAUUAGAAUUCGAGCUUUGAAAAAGAGAACCAACGAUUCAAAGAAUGCUCUCAAUCAACAACAAAAACCUAGAUGUAACAUUCAAGUGAAAGUGGAAAAAUUUAUUUGA